GCAGAAGCUGCGGCAGAAGAACGCGGGUAUCAGGAGCGGCGAGAGGAGCAAGGGCGCGCUGCUCGAGGAGGCCAGGAGGACGGGCAAGGCGACGGACGACGACGACGACAAGGGCGACCGCGCGACUCGGGCUGCCGCCGCCGCCGAGAAGAAGCGCGCCGCGCACGCCAACGCGUGGCAGUCGUCGUCCCGCCCCAAGAAGGACAAGAAGGCCAAGGCCGAGUACAAGACGUACGAGGAGAUCGUCGCCGAGCAGGGCGGGCCAGACGCCGACGCGCCGCAAGAGCUCCUCGUCGACCUCACGGGCCAGGCGUUGCCCAACCAGUCGCUGUCGUCCCUGCCCGCCUUCGGCGCCGGCUCUGCCGACCCGACGCGCCUCCCCGAGCUGCGCCACAACGUCACCCUCCUGUGCUCGACGUUCGCCUCGUCCCUACGGUCGCUCGCCCGAGAAGGCGCCGGCGUCGAGCAGCGGCGUGCGUACCUGUCGUCCGAGGAGCAGCGCAUGCGGCGCGUCGUCGACGCCCAGGAGCGCAAGCUCGCCCAGCUCAAGGGCGUCAUGAGCUGCGUCGAGCGCGUGCGCGCCAUCGAGGGCGAGGCGACGGACCUCUUGCGCGCACUCGAGUCGCACGAGGCGCAGGUCGACGCCGAGACGGUGCUCGGCCGGUUCGACGACGAGUUUGACCGGCUCCUGGGCGACUUUGCGGGCGAGUACGAGGAGAUGGGGCUCGACGAGGUCGUCGUGGGUGCUGUGGCUCCUCUUCUGCGCCGCCUGUGGGCCUCGUGGGACCCGCUCGCCUCGCCGUCGUACACUGUCCCGCAGCUCAAGCGCUUCCGCAAGCUGUUCCGCAUCGACAAGGACGCCCUCCCUGUCGCGUCGGCGACGAGCGACCCGCACGCCGAGGCCGAGCGGCUCGCCGAGGCGAGGAAGCGCCAGGGCGAGCGGCAGAUGUCGCCGUACGAGACGCUCCUGUGGACCGUGUGGCUCCCUCGCGUUCGGUCCGCCAUCAACAACUCGUGGUCGCCGUCCGACCCAGGACCCGCCGUCGAGUUCUACACCGCCUGGAUCCCCCUCCUCCCUUCCUUCGUGCGCGACAACAUCCUCGACCAGCUCGUUCUCCCCAAGGUGUCGUCGGCCAUCGCCGACUGGUCCCCGUCGGCCGCCAAGCGCGGCGCCGCCCCGCCGCUGCACACGCUCGUCUUUCCUUGGCUCGAGCACGCCGGCGAGCGCAUGGACAUGGUGCUCGACGAGGCCAAGCGCAAGGUGCGCAGCUGGCUCAAGGCGUCGAAGGCGAGGGACGGCGUGCCUCAGGGUCUCGACGCGUGGAAAACGGCCUUCUCGAAGAGCGACUGGGACACGCUCCUCCUCAAGCACGUCCUUCCGCAGCUCGGCGCCCUCCUGCGCGAGCAGUUUGUCGUCAACCCGCGGUCGCAGGACCUCGCGCCGCUCGAGGCCGUCCUCGCGUGGCGCCUGCUCCUGCGCAGCUCGAUGCUGUCGCAGCUCCUCGAGGCCGAGUUCUUCCCCAAGUGGGGCGACGCGCUGUACGUGUGGCUCACGAGCGAGCCCAACCUCGAGCAGGUUGCCGAAUGGUACUCUUGGUGGAAGUCGUACUUCCCCGAGGAGGUCGUGGCGCUGUCGGGCGUCUCGCGCGGCUUCCGCAAGGGGCUCGACCUUAUGAACCAGGCCAUGGCGCUCGGCGACGACGCCAAGUACCGCCUCAAGAAGCCCGACUUUGCGUCCAAGCACGACCGCUCGAGGGCCCCGUCCUCGUCCAGCACGCCCAAGGCCUCGUCUCGCGUCCCACCACCUCGUGCACCCCUCACAGCUACCGCAGCCGAGGACCCGGACGACAUCACGUUCCGCUCGGUCGUCGAGGAGCUCGCGGCGGCGGCCAACCUCGUCUUCCUCCCGACGGGCAAGGUCGCGCCGCAGGGCCAGGCGACGUUCCGCGUCUCGCGCGGCGUCGACGGCAAGGGCGGCGUCACGGUCUACCUCGAGGACGACGUCGUGUGGCUGCUCGAGAAGGGCGGCGAGUACUCGCCCGUGAGCGUCGAGGACAUGGUCAAGCGGGCGUCCGGUGGCGCGAGGAGCUAGUACUCUGUCUGCAUCCACGCUCUCUUUCUCGGU